AGAGGAAAUAGUUUUAGGAACGAAAUCGAUUUGAAAUUCAUUGGAAAACAAGGAAAAAGAAUGGAGAAUUUUUUGAAUGAGAGCUUCGAUUUGAAGCCGAAGCACUCUUCGGAGGAAGCAUUGGAAAGAUGGCGGAAAGUUUGUGGUUUCGUCAAGAAUCCGAAACGGCGGUUUCGAUUCACUGCCAACCUCUCCAAACGCCACGAGGCUGCUGCUAUGCGACGAUUCAAUCAGGAAAAAUUGAGAAUCGCUGUACUGGUCUCGAAAGCUGCCUUUCAAUUUAUCUCAGGUAUACAAACGAGUGACAGUGAUUAUGUUGUCCCUGAAGAAGUCAAAGUUGCUGGUUUCCAACUUUGUGCUGAUGAGUUAGGAUCCAUUGUGGAAGGCCAUGAUGUGAAGAAGCUAAAGAUUCAUGGUGGAUUGGAUGGUAUUGCACAGAAACUGUCUACAUCAACCAGCAAUGGGCUAACUUCUGAUACCAGUCUGUUGAAUAAAAGACAACAGGUCUAUGGAAUCAAUAAGUUUGCUGAGGCUCAAGCUAAGGGGUUCUUGGUUUUUGUUUGGGAAGCUCUUCAUGACAUGACCCUUAUGAUCCUUGGGGUGUGUGCUUUUGUGUCGUUGAUAGUCGGGAUAGCAAUGGAAGGAUGGCCAAAGGGAGCUCAUGAUGGACUUGGGAUUGUUGCGAGUAUCUUAUUGGUUGUGUUUGUCACAGCGACAAGUGAUUAUCGCCAAUCUUUACAGUUCAAGGAUUUGGACAAGGAGAAAAAGAAAAUCACAAUUCAGGUAACAAGAAGUGCAUGUAGGCAGAAAAUGUCUAUAUAUGAUUUGCUUCCCGGUGAUAUUGUACACCUCAAUAUUGGUGACCAAGUCCCUGCUGACGGCCUUUUUGUCUCGGGAUUCUCUGUGCUAAUCGAUGAAUCAAGUUUAACAGGGGAGAGCGAGCCGGUAAUGGUGAAUGCUGACAACCCUUUUAUGCUUUCUGGUACUAAGCUUCAAGAUGGAUCGUGCAAGAUGGUGGUUACUUCUGUUGGGAUGAGAACACAAUGGGGUAAAUUGAUGGCAACCCUUAGUGAAGGGGGAGAUGAUGAGACCCCACUGCAGGUGAAAUUGAAUGGAGUAGCAACCAUUAUUGGGAAGGUAGGCCUGUUUUUUGCGGUGGUAACUUUUGCUGUAUUGGUGCAAGGACUGUUCACGAAUAAACUGCAAGACGGGACAAUCUGGAGUUGGUCUGGCGACGAGGCAUUGAAAAUGCUGGAGUUCUUUGCUGUUGCAGUUACAAUUGUUGUUGUUGCAGUUCCCGAGGGUCUACCAUUGGCUGUGACUCUGAGCCUUGCUUUUGCCAUGAAAAAGAUGAUGAAUGAUAAAGCACUAGUUCGUCACCUUGCAGCUUGUGAGACUAUGGGGUCAGCAACAAGUAUUUGUAGUGAUAAAACUGGGACACUAACCACUAAUCAUAUGACGGUUGUGAAAUCAUGCAUUUGCAUGGGUGUCAGGGAAGUAGGUAACAGCAAUAAAGCUUCUCUCUGCUCUGAUAUUCCAGAAUCUGCUGUGAAACUUCUGCUACAAUCAAUUUUUACCAACACUGGGGGUGAAAUUGUUAUUAACCAAGAUGGAAAACGUGAGAUAUUGGGAACACCCACAGAGACUGCUUUGUUAGAGUUUGGCUUGUCUCUGGGUGGAGACUCCCAAGCAGAACGAAUGGCAUCAAAACUUGUUAAGGUUGAGCCAUUCAACUCUACAAAGAAACGAAUGGGAGUAGUCCUGGAGCUUCCUGAAGGAGGUCUACGGGUACAUACUAAAGGUGCUUCGGAGAUAGUUUUGGCUGGAUGUGACAAGGUGAUUAAUUCAAAUGGGGAAGUUGUUCCCUUGGAUGAAGCAUCUAUUAACCACCUCAAUGCUACAAUUAACCAGUUCGCUAAUGAGGCUCUUCGAACCUUGUGUCUUGCAUAUAUGGAACUGGAAAAUGGUUUCUCCCCUGACAAUGCCAUUCCACUUUCUGGAUAUACUUGUAUAGGAAUUGUGGGUAUUAAAGAUCCAGUUCGCCCUGGUGUCAAAGAAUCUGUUGCUAUUUGUCGUUCUGCUGGGAUUACUGUACGAAUGGUUACUGGAGACAACAUAAACACUGCGAAGGCUAUAGCCAGGGAAUGUGGAAUUCUGACAGGUGAUGGUAUAGCUAUUGAAGGCCCCGAUUUCAGAGAGAAGAGUCAGGAGGAAAUGCUUACUUUAAUUCCAAAGAUUCAGGUGAUGGCUCGAUCCUCUCCCAUGGACAAACAUACUCUGGUAAGGCAAUUGCGAAGUACAUUUGAUGAAGUUGUUGCUGUGACUGGUGAUGGAACAAAUGAUGCUCCAGCACUGCAUGAAGCAGAUAUUGGACUAGCAAUGGGCAUUGCUGGAACUGAGGUGGCCAAAGAGAGUGCUGAUGUCAUAAUUCUGGAUGACAAUUUCUCAACGAUUGUGACAGUAGCCAAAUGGGGUCGUUCAGUAUACAUAAAUAUUCAAAAAUUUGUACAGUUUCAACUGACAGUCAACAUCGUAGCACUGAUUGUUAACUUCUCCUCAGCAUGUUUGACUGGGAGCGCUCCUCUCACAGCUGUUCAGCUAUUGUGGGUCAACAUGAUUAUGGAUACCCUGGGAGCACUUGCACUCGCAACUGAGCCUCCAACUGAUGAACUAAUGAAGCGUUCACCAGUUGGAAAGAAAGGAAAUUUUAUUAGUAAUGUGAUGUGGAGGAAUAUCUUAGGGCAAUCCUUUUAUCAGUUUAUGGUUAUAUGGUACCUUCAGGUGAAAGGAAAAGCAAUGUUUAGUCUCGACGGCCCUGAUUCUGACCUGGUAUUGAACACGCUUAUUUUCAAUUCAUUUGUCUUCUGUCAGGUUUUCAACGAGAUCAGCUCACGUAACAUGGAAGAAAUAAAUGUUUUCAAGGGUAUAUUAGAUAACUACGUUUUUGUGGCUGUCCUCGGUUGCACUGCAAUCUUCCAAGUCAUCAUCAUCGAAUUCUUGGGAACAUUUGCCAGUACAAUUCCUCUCACUUACUCGCAAUGGUUCGUAAGCGUGUUCAUAGGUUUCUUAGGCAUGCCGAUUGCUGCUGCCUUGAAGACGAUACCCGUAUAAACCACGAUAAACAGUUUUCGAAAUGAACAUCAAUAAAGCCUGGUUGUUCCUUCUUCCAGUGUAGAUUCAUUAGUGACAAGAUAGUAUUCCCAAUCAGAAGGUAAAUAGAGAUUUCAAGACCAAGGAUCACCAUGAUUAGCAUUUUGGUGUGAUCAAAACAUUAUUAUUUGUUUAUAAAUUGUGGAUUGAACUUUUUGUUUUUAGGUGAAGCUCUAGGUUUGCUAAAAUUCUCUUGUUUCUUAUUUUCGUUUUCUCAUUGACAUGUAAGGCGUGUAAGUAUUUCAUUCACUCUUUGUGAUAAUUGAAAUGUAUACCUUAUUGGGCA